AUGAGCCUCAGUAAAAAAACAAGUAGUGUUUGGUCUCAUUUUACUGUAGUUGAGGGCACUCACUUUGCAAAAUGUGACAUUUGUAAACACAAAUACUCAUUUAAGACAAGUGUCACAAAUUUGAAAACACAUCUUGCUAAAGCGCAUUGGAUCCAAAUGACUACCAUUCAACCAGUUGAAAAUGACCAACUGAUGGACGAUCCACCUCCACCAUCUGCUCCAACUGCUCAAAGUUUGCCCUCGACGUCUACAUCGUUCUCUAUAACACAAGCAGAAACAGGUUCACAAAAUACUGAACAACCACUACCUAAUACUGCCCAAAACUUACCAAUAGUACGUAAAAGGAAGCAAGCAUCAAUUACCACAUUUGUGCCCAAAAAGAUGACAUUUGAUGUUCAAAAAAAGAUUGACGAGGGUCUUCUAAAAUUGUUCACUAAGGACUUUCAGCCGUUUAAAGUAGUGGAAGACGAGGGUUUCAAGAAUUUUGUUAAACUUUUAAAUCCCGCUUAUAAAUUACCUGAUCGUCACACAAUAUCCAAAGUCCAUAUCCCUGCGCUAUAUGAAAAAAGUUUAAACGAGACCAAAGAACUAAUAACCAAUGAAUCUUUGAGUGGUUGUUUAACGACAGAUUGUUGGACAUCUCGAAGCAAUAUAGCAUUCAUUUCUAUCACUUAUCAUUUUAUUGACACACAAUUUGUUUUAAGGUCUGUAUUGUUGGGAUGCUAUGAGUUUUCUGAAAGCCAUACAGGGGAAAAUCUACGUGACACAAUUCAAGAAACACUUGAUAAAUGGGGCUUGAAUAAAGAAAAAAUUGUUCUAGCAGUAUCAGAUAACGCUAAUAACAUAAAAUCUGCAUUGAGUAUGUUACAAGUUAAGAGUUUGGGGUGUUUUGCUCAUACCCUCAACUUAAUUGUCCAAGAUGCAUUGAAGUUACAGUCAUAUUUAAUCGAUAAGAUAAAAUGUAUUGUAACUCACUUUAGGAAAAGUAGUAGGGCAAACCACAAACUCAAUAUAUAUCAAACAAGCAAUGGAUCUAAUGUACCUAAAAAACUGUUACAAGAUAUAAGUACACGUUGGAACUCGACAUAUUAUAUGUUAGAUCGUUUUGUUGAGUUAGAGGAUGCGAUUAGGGCUACUCUAGGAUUAUUAGAUAACCCCCCUCAAAUACUUUCUGCAAAUGAAUGGAAAAUUGCCAAGGAACUCAUUCAAGUGUUACGUCCUUUUGAGGAAGCUACAAAGGCGGUUAGUGGCAGCAAGUAUAUGACCGCAUCUAUAAUUAUAGUGAUUGCCCAAGGUCUUCAGAAUGUUUGUGAGCAGAUGGCUAAGAAAAACUUUACCAUAGAGGUAAUAAAUGUUAUAAAAAAGUUACAAGGUGGUAUGCAACAUAGAGACAGAUGGGGAUCAAUAGAGCGUAGUAAGACGUUGGUUAGGUGUACAUUUCUGGAUCCUCGAUUCAAAGGUAUAACAUUAACAAAUGCAAUGCAACAGUCAACGAAAACUGAAAUUAUUGAGUUAACUGCUGCAAUUAUUUCUGAAAGUCGAUUGUUUGAUGCUCAACUUCAAGAAGAUUCCAAUCCUUUACCUCAAGAAGUUGAUGAAGAUGAAAGUGUUGUGUCUAUCUGGAAAACAAUAGAUUCAAGAGUAGCACAACUUCGACCCACAAGCACAACUACAUCCAGAGCAAUUAUAGAGGUACAGCGAUAUUUAGAAGACACAAUUAUCAAUAGAAAUUGUGAUCCUCUUAAGUGGUGGUUUGAUAAUAAGCAUAAUUAUCCUUACCUCAACCAGUUGGCCAGAAAAAUGUUAUGCGCUCUUGGAACAUCAGUGCCAUGUGAAAGAGUUUUUUCCAAAGCGGGACUACUAUUAAGUGAUCGGCGCUGCAAUUUAAGCAGCAAAAAGGCAGAAAUGUUACUUUUCCUAAAUCAAAAUACAUAG